CGGUGCCAACGUGGGUCAGCAUGGUGAUUCAGAUCCCACCAUGCCGCUGAUCGACGCCAUCGUCCGACGAACCUGGCACCCGAAAGCCCCGAAGGGCUCGUCGACAUGCGCAGCGAAGAGCUCCACCGUGUACGACAGGGCCGACAGCGGCAGCGGCAUGAGCCCGACGGACAAGUCCUGCGAUGGUGCUGACUCGCGCCCGAGCACGAGAGCAAGCUCCGGCGGUGGCCUCUCGCGGGGGAACACCAAGGCCAGCUCCCGCGGUGACUCCCCCAGCGGCUCCCCUGGCUCCGCGCCGUGUGGCCGCCUGCCAGACUUCUCCCUUCCGGGCGUCGCCUUGGCAGCCGCCGAACACAGCCCCGUCAUUCGGUGUGUCGGGAAGGUGAAGCACAACGUGGUCAGUGCGCAGUCAAAGCAGGUCCAACCCAUGGCGAUCAGCGAUUUCGACAUCGUCACGACCCUGGGUAACGGUUUCAUGGGUUCGGUUCGCCUUGUCAAGCUCAAGGACGGGCACGAUCCCACGCCGUUCGCGUUGAAGGUCAUGCCGAAGAUUGUGGUCGUGAAGAAAAAACAGGUAGUUCACACGAGGCAAGAGAAGGAGUUGCUCGGCCAGAUGAACCACCCAUUCAUCGUCAAGCUCUUCAGGUCGUUUCAGGAUGAUGCGAACCUUUAUUUGCUGAUGGAGUUUGUCAAUGGCGGCGAGCUCUUUUCGGUUCUGCAAGGCGGCAAGAGGUUUGAGAAUGACGGUGCCAAGUUCUAUGCAGCUGAGAUUACCUUGGCGCUAGGACACAUUCACGGCAUGACCGUGGCCUAUCGUGAUAACUGGAGAACGUCCUCCUCGACUCCAGCGGCCACGCGAAGCUGGUCGACUUCGGAUUCGCCAAGGUCGUCCGCAACCGUUCGUUCACGAUGUGCGGGACCCCAGACUAUUUGGCGCCAGAGAUCAUUCAGAGGGAGGGCCACGACAUGAGCGUGGAUUGGUGGGCCAUGGGCGUCCUGACCUACGAGAUGCUGUCAGGCCACACUCCGUUCAGGGGGCGCACACACCACGCCAUCUACGAGAAGACUUUAACGACUGAGCCGGAGUACCCCACCCAUUUCACGAAGAACGCCAAAGCCAUUGUCAGCAGGUUGCUGACCAAGGACAAAGCUCGCCGCCUUGGCGCCGGCGAUCACGGCGCCGAGGACGUGAACCCCCGUGCCGUCGGUGGUUCGGCUCGGUGGACUUCGACAUGGUUUUGCGGAGACAGUACAAGGCACCCUUCCUGCCGUCCGUGAAGGGCCCAGACGACCCCUCCAUGUUCAGGGAGUACCCCCACGAGGAGGAGGUCAGCACCGACGGGACCAGCCUUUCCAGAGCGCAGCAGGAGCAGUUCAAGUGCUUCUGAGCCGCCCUGCCGUCGCGCCUCGCAGGUGCGUCGACCAGCGAGUCGACCCGGCAGCGCAGCGGGGACCAGACGAGCUGCCUUCCCCUCCCGCGCGGGGAGUUUCUGAGUUGCCUUUUCGUGCUUCGCUGUGGCCGUGGUCUCGAGGAGGACCCUCCCUUCGUUCCCCUCGAGCGCUGGCGGUCGGACUUCAGAUCCGGCGACCCCUCGGAUUAUCGCCUGAAUCGGAUACUUGUCGUGCGUGCGCGUUCCUGCAUGGAUGCGCUUGGCGGCGUCCAUCCGUCGCGGCGGUGGUCUUCGGUGCCGCGUGGGCCCUCGGGGAGGGG